AUUUAUAAAAUCCAAGAACCAUAAGAUUAAAUAACUGAAAAUAUUGCUAUUUGUAAGAUUGCAAAGAAGUGUCUAAACAAACCAGAAAAUUAGACAGGUAACUUAUAGCUAAACAGCUUUGGGUAAAUAUGGUUAAUGAUCCUAAAAUGGAUAGAAAUAAGAAAACACACGCCCAGACAAACCAAGGACAAUCCGAUGAAGAUCGGGUGGAAGAAAUUGAAAUCAUAACUCGCCACGGCAUCUACAAUAAGGUCUACGAAAUGGCAGAGAAGUUUGCAUCAACUUACGUGGGUCAGUUCGCCAUUGAUCGUGGCGAUCGGUUAUUAAAGACGGUGGAAGAAACUGCAAAGUGGAGUUUGCCACAUAACAAAUCUGAUGCAAAACUUGAGCGUCCUUUGUCAUGGUUUCCUUUCUUGUCACUUAUAAUCACUCUGCGUUUGACACGCAUGUGGCUAUCGAUAGCAGCUUUAAUGAUUGGAAAUUCUCCAGUGACACCGCAAAACAUGGUUUACUUUAUACAAACAAGACGUCGCAAGUUGAGGGCUAUUCGCAUGCAUGGCAUAAAAGCGAUACGUAAGCGGGAAAUGGAGGCAAAUGCUAUGAAGUCGGGUCAAGGAAGAAGAGGCAUCAUGUUUAAGCUGAGAAAUUUAUUAUCUAGCGCUAUUUGCCGUCCAGGGCAGCAUAACGAGCGUGCCAGACGUAUUUAUGUGCAGUAUGGCAGGAAGAAUUCGGUAGAAGAUUCCAAACCUGAAACGCAACAAGCCGUGAAACGUCCUAGAGAGGAAUGCAAUGAACAAAACGAAGAAAAACCCGAACUAAAUCUUACUUGCAGUGAGUUACUCGAUAAAUAUGCGAAUGAAAAUUCGGAUGAUGAUUCAGACUUUAUUCCAAAUCCAAACGAGGAUGCGGAUGACUCAACUUCUAGUAGCGCGGAAGGCACAUCAGGUGAAACUGAAGUUGAAUCGAAUGCGGAUCAACAUACUAAUGGAAACUCGAAGAACAUAGAAACCGAAAAGAAUGAGGGUGACAACUUAAAUAUAGAAUUUUUGCAAAACGGUGCAAAAGAACAUGAUAUGCCAAAGCCCAUAAUUGAUAUAAAGAGCGAGCCUCACUCAGAAGGCGAUCAAGUGAUUACACAGAAGGAAGCGAAUGGACCCAGUAAUGGCGAGGAAAAACAGGAUGUGGAUGUCGUUAAGAAAGUAAAUAUUGCCAUUAAUAAUAAUAAAAUUUUGCAAUUGUCAUCCAACUCUAAACACCACCAACGCGAACCUGAAAGUGCCGAUGUAGCGCACACGGUCAAUAUUACUGCACUUAUGGAUCCUUUACAAAAUUCUACACAUUCCUCAUCCAACUCAUCUCUAGAUUCCUUUAAAACCAGUGAUGAAAUAUAUAUUAAUGAAAUUGAGAGUGAAUCAAGCUCAACUGCAACAUAUACAGAGUCAACUUCAGCUAAACCAGAGUACACCAGACUGAAUUCCGCUUCAUCUUCCGAAGACUUGUUCUAUAGCCCAAUCGGAUCGCCAGCAGAUUUUAAAACAACAUUCCAACCAGUUUCCAUAUUAAAGAAUUCAAAUGCUGCACAAGGAAAUCAAAAUAUGGCUCAUUCUACACCCCAGUCUAGUGAAGAAAACGAAAAUAAUUUUCAUUCUGUGAAACCAACAAAACUUCCUCAACACUCGUCAACUCAGAGACCUCACCAAAAUAAUACUUUUCAACAGAGAUAUCGUGGAAAGAAUAGACGUUAAGCUUACUCCAAUAUUUUAUUCUUUUUUACAUAUACAUAUACAUAUACGCUGGUCUAUAUAAGUUCAAAUUGUUUAAGUAAAACUUGAAAUUUUUAUAAUCCUAUUCAGAAAGUCUUUAUAAAACAUGAAAUUUAAAUAAAAGAAAAAAAUGGAAAAAUA